AUCAAUCCACCCGCCGCCGCCAUCCCGUUCUUCAUCGCCUUGUCUACGACUCCUUGCCAUCUCAGUAUCUCACAACGCUUCUAACUCAAAAAUGGCUUCUCUCAGCUACACUCUCAAAGCCCAUCUUCUUUCAACCUCAAAACCCAAACUCCAAACCCGAAAAUACCCCGCCAAGGUUCGCAUGUCUCUCCAAGAGUCUGGCCCAUCCAUCGCCGUCGUAGGCGUCACUGGCGCUGUUGGCCAAGAAUUCCUUUCCGUACUCUCCGACCGCGACUUCCCUUACCGUUCCCUCAAGCUCCUCGCCUCCAAACGCUCCGCUGGUAAGUCCGUUUCCUUCCAAGACCGCACCUUUACCGUCCAGGAACUAACCGCCGACAGCUUCGACGAUGUUGACAUCGCUCUUUUUAGUGCCGGUGGGUCUAUAAGUAAACAGUUCGGUCCCAUUGCGGUGGAUAAAGGCGCCAUCGUGGUGGAUAAUAGCUCGGCGUUUCGAAUGGUUGAUGGAGUGCCUUUAGUUAUCCCGGAAGUGAAUCCGGAAGCAAUGGAUGGGAUUAAAGUUGGUAAGAAAAAAGGUGCUUUGAUUGCAAACCCCAACUGUUCUACCAUUAUCUGCUUAAUGGCUGCUACUCCUCUUCAUCGCCAUGCUAAGGUGACUCGUAUGGUGGUCAGUACAUAUCAGGCAGCUAGUGGUGCUGGUGCUGGUGCUAUGCAUGAGCUUGAGCUGCAAACCCGUGAGGUCUUGGAAGGGAAACCGCCAACUUGUAAUAUCUUUAAGCAACAAUAUGCUUUUAAUUUGUUCUCACAUAAUGCCCCAGUUCUUGAGAAUGGGUAUAACGAAGAAGAAAUGAAAAUGGUAAAUGAGACGAGGAAAAUCUGGAAUGACAUGAAUGUUAAAGUCACUGCCACAUGUAUCCGAGUACCUGUGAUGCGAGCACAUGCUGAGAGUAUGAAUCUUCAGUUUGAGAAGCCCCUCGAUGAGGACACAGCGAGAGAAAUUUUGAAAACUGCUCCGGGGGUAGUAGUUAUUGAUGAUCGGGCUUCUAAUCACUUCCCUACCCCAUUGGAGGUAUCAAACAAAGAUGAUGUUGCAGUCGGCCGGAUACGCCAAGAUGUUUCUCAAGAAGGCAAUCAUGGGUUGGACAUCUUUGUUUGUGGUGACCAAGUACGCAAGGGAGCUGCACUCAACGCCGUUCAGAUUGCCGAGUUGCUCUUAUGAUCUUGCCGGUGGUAAAUUCAUCCAAGCAAUUGGAUUUGAAUUCACUUGAGUCUAGUCAAUUUUGGUAUUUCAAAUACAAAUAUUGAUAAUCUUUUGGUGAGUUGAACCAAAUUUUGAGUCUUUUUGUGGCCUAAACAACUAGGGUUUUGUGUUCUGGUGCUUCAUGUUUUCACUUCUGAGACUAUAUUUAUAUGUGCAUUAAUGUUUACUCUUGAGGGAAAUAUACAUGAAAAAUAUUUACUCA